GUGCAGUCCUGUUCAGGGAAUGGUUUGUGCGUCGCUCCCGAUGUUUGCCAGUGCUACUCCGGCUGGACAGGUCUCAAUUGCGGCAAAUAUUCUUGCUCCAGGGUUUACGAUUGUCUGGGCCGAGGUGCGUGCGUAGGACCUGAUAGAUGCAGUUGCGAGGCUGGCUGGUGGGGCGACGAUUGCUCGAGGACCAACUGCUACCAACGAAAUAAUUGCUCAAACAGGGGCGUCUGUAUUGGACCUGACCAGUGUAUGUGCGCUUCUCAAUAUUCUGGACUUGACUGUUCCCAAUUACCUGUCUGCAAGUCGUUCUGUUCAGGGAAUGGUUUGUGCGUCGCUCCCGAUGUUUGCCAGUGCUACUCCGGCUGGACAGGUCUCAAUUGCGGCAAA